AUGCUAUCUAACUUUCCGGUACUUCUGCUACACUCAUUGACAUCCUACAGAUGUGACGAGAGCAAUAAAAAAGCAGUGGUGGCCGGCACACUAGAGGAGGUUCGUUCAAAGGCGGCUGAAAAGUUUGGCCGCACCGAUCUGCCCAACAUUCAUCUCGACUCGGACGGUACCGAGGUGGACGAUGAGGACUACUUCCAGACGCUGGAACCGAACGCCGAGCUGAUUGCGGUCUUCUCCGGCGAGCAGUGGAUCGAUCCUACACACUACGUCACGAUAACGACCCGCCGGGAUUCGGCCGACAUCACCGACAGUCCGGACGUGGAGCGAAUACAUCUGAAGAAGCUGGUCGCACAGAUGAAAACCAACCUGUGCAACGUGUCCGUGCUUAGCGAACCGGACCUGGAGCUGCUAUCGAACAUGGACCCGAACUCAGUGGCCGACAUCACCGGCAAGGACUUUAUCGAGCAGCUCAAGGAAGCAUCAGGCAGAAUCCUGCAUGAAAAACGAAAGGCUGCUGACGCAAUUGAGCUGCUAAAGCUGAUCGCCAAGCAACCGAUCGUACGCAACGAAGCCGACACUAUUGGCUGCGAGUACGAGAACGAUGAUGAUGAUGCCAACAGUCAGCAGUUACGCUCCUUCCUGACCGCAACGGUACGGCCCGCUCCUAUCGUUAAUCAACCCCAGCGCACAGAUACGACUGCUGCCGCUGCGGAGGAAUCUUCCGCCCUGCCUUCCACGACGAUCGUUUCGCUUCCAGCGGUGGGCACCGUUGGCAAUUACAGCGAUGGCAAGCACAACAUAACCGUUCACCUGCAACCGACCGUAGGCAGUGAGGGCGAAGACACCUCGACACCACCACUUGCCUGGCAAAGCCAACGGACAGCAAUCCCGACCACAGCA